AACAGAUUGCUCUGUUUCUCACAAUAGAGCUAAAUUUUUAAUGCUUUACUUACAAUGAAGUUUAUAAGAACCAACAGCUUGAAGCGCUUGUUUUCAUUGAAAAGAAGAGGCUUUGAUGAAGACGUUUCCACUUUUUCAAGCCCACGUGAGUCGAUUGAAGAUGACAACAACAGUGAAGGUAGUUUUAGAAUAACAAAGAGUUCUUCUCCAACACCAACUUGGAGAUGUUUCUCUUUUGAAGAAAUCUCUGCUGUCACCAAUGGUUUCAGCUCAGAGAAUUUGGUUGGAAGAGGAGGCUUUGCUGAGGUUUUUAAAGGAGUUCUACAAGAUGGAGAGGAGAUUGCUGUGAAAAGGCUAACAAAAUGUGCAACUGAUGACAGAAAAGAGAAGGAUUUCUUGACAGAAAUUGGAACUAUAGGCCAUGUUUCUCAUCCAAAUGUGUUGUCACUUCUUGGUUGCUGCAUUGACAAUGGCCUUUAUCUCAUUUUUCAAUUCUCCUCUAGGGGCUCUGUCGCUUCACUAUUUCAUGAUGUGAAUUUGCCAACAGUAGAUUGGAAAAUAAGGUAUAAAAUUGCAGUUGGAACUGCGAGAGGUUUGCAUUAUUUGCAUAAAGGCUGUCAAAGAAGGAUAAUUCACAGAGAUAUCAAGUCUUCAAACAUUUUAUUGACUGCAGAUUUUGAACCUCAGAUAUCUGAUUUUGGAUUGGCGAAAUGGCUUCCAUCUCAAUGGAGUCAUCAUUCAAUUGCUCCAAUUGAAGGCACAAUUGGGCACUUGGCUCCUGAGUACUUCAUGCAUGGAAUUGUGGAUGAGAAAACAGAUGUGUUUGCCUUUGGAGUCUUUUUACUGGAGAUGAUUUCCGGCCGGAAACCUGUUGACGGUUCUCAUCUAAGCUUACACAGCUGGGCCAAACCAAUUUUGAAGCAAGGAGAACUUGACAAGCUGGUAGAUCCAAGGCUCCAAGGGAGCUAUGAUGUUACUCAGCUUAAUAGGCUCGCCUUUGCAGCAUCUCUCUGUAUCCGUGCAUCCCCCAUGUGGCGUCCGACCAUGAGUGAGGUCUUGGAGGUGAUGACUGAAGCAGAGACAGAUAGAGACCGGUGGAAAAUGCCUGAGGAAGAAGAAGAUCAACAAGAGUUUGGGGGAUUUGAAGAUCUUGAAUAUGAAUGUGACACAUCCUUUUCAAUCUCCCCUCAAAAUCAAUCUUUACUGGAAGUUCUUAAUUGAGGCAGUAAUUUAGAUAUACUUAAAAAAAAUUAUAAUAUUCUGAUAAUCGCCACUUGUAAACACAUAUUCUCUCCAAUGACUGAAGAAAUUCCAACAGAAAAAAGGUUUGGCUAACUUGGAAAUGUCAAAUGG